AUGUCUAGUUGUGGAAGAGUAAAAGGUCGCCGUCCAUCUUUAGCUGAUUGGAGUGAUUCAAUGAAAAGAUAUCAAAGUAUGGAUUUUGAACAAAAAAAUGAAAGUACUAAUAAUAAUUAUAAUACACUUAUUUUUGAAAUAUGUGAAGAUGAACCUAAUAGUAGUAGUAAUUUAGUUGAUUUUAUACAAGUUACAAAUGGAGUAACAUUAAAAGAUACAUUAGGUCCAUAUUUAAAAAUGAAAGGCAUUGCGAUUGAUAAGGUUGAUUGUAUGCUUGAAAAUAGUAAUACUCCAAUUCCUGACAAUAGUGAAGCUAUUUACCUUGUUGGUCGUAAAAUUUUUGUUAAAGGUAAAAAAGGAACACUUUUAACAAUUAAACAUAAAAAUUCAUUUACUGGAGAUAGUAGUGAUAUGUUUGGUGAUACUAUAGGUAUGGUAAAAACAUCACUUGGACAUAAUUCUGGUGCUAAAACUCUUUAUCAACUUCAACAUUCAAAUAGUAAUAAAGGAAUAUUAUCAACAAACAGAAAAAUGUCUGCAGAUGCUAUCUCAAGGAAAUCAUCUUUUAUCAGUAGUAAAGUUAAAAAAACGAUGAAACUAUUAUCAGGAAAAAAUAAUUCUCCUGUUAUUGAAAAGAAUAAUAAAAGAUCAUCUUCUGCUAAUGAAUCUCCAUCAUCAGCUAUUCGAGCUGCAGCAGCUUUAAUAAGUGCUGUACCAGAAACAAUAGCUAUGAAAAAAUGUAUUGAAAAAAAAAUUGCUAUGGGUCCAUUAUCUGUUGUUGUAGCUAAACAACUUGAUGAUGAAAUAAAUAAUUCAUCUCAUAGACAUUCACUUCCUAUGACAUUACUAGCACCGGACAUGGUACCUAAAAGAAUACCAUCAUUGCGCAAAACAAGCUCUGCUUUACAAUUUCAGUUAUCUAAAACUAGAAAUUUAUCUUCUUGUACAACACCUCCACCAUCGUGUAUAAUACCAGCCGCAACAACUUCUGCUCCUAAUCAACAAAAUCAUCCUAAUAGUCAAUUUUUUCACAAUUCUGUUGAUUCUAAUUCUUCACUAACGGGAUCAGUUAGUGCUAACAGUACUCCAGGAAAUAAUUCAUUAGAUAGUGGAACUGUUACUGGUAAUAUUGUAAAUAAUACAAGUCGUAAAAUUUCUCUUGGUAAAACAUCACAUCCACCUAUUCAAAACUUUCCUUAUAAUUUACAACAAUCUAGUAAUAUUGAAGAUUCAAUGUCUGUUGCUCCACCAUUUCAACAUCCAUAUCUUUAUUCAACAUCUAAUGGUACUGGAACAAUAAAUAAUCAUCAUCAAGGACCAUCUCCUUUUGGGGUUACUAGUUUUCAAAUUUGUGGUUGUCCUUUAAUUAAUGGUAUGCCAGGAAUGCAUGAUGUAAAUAUAUGUCAUUACACAAAUAUGAUUAUGCCGCAAGAAGAAACAAUUACAAAAAAGGUACGAUCAAGUACCUCUAAUCGAAUGAGUCUCUUUUUUGGAAAGGAAAAACAAGAUAUGAUAUCACGUUUAAAUAUAUUAAAAAAAGAAUGUUUAUCAAGAAAUGAUUUAUCAGAACUUGAACUUGAAAAUCAUUGGUCAUGUAUUGUUAAUAAUAGUAAUGAUAUGACAGAAAAUGAAAAAAAACAACAAGGAAUUAUUUGGGAAGUUAUAACAACAGAACAAAGAUAUAUAUAUCUUCUUAAACAAAUGGAUGAAUUAUGUUAUUAUUUUAAUGAAAUGCAAAAAAUUGGAUUUUUACGUGAUAUUAAUGGAAGAACAGUUUUUCUUAAUUUUGCUGAAUUAUUUCAAUGUAAUAAAGUAUUUUGGGCUAAAGCUAUUAUGCCAAUAUUAAAAGAAACACGUGAAAAAGGUACACCAUUAUCAUUUAAACCACUUCUUGAUGGUUUUAAUGAAAUUAAUGAAUGGUUUAAAUGUUAUAUAUUUUUUAAUUGUCAUGCCAAAGAAGCUCAUUCAUAUAUACAAAAAAAACAAUCAGAAAAUGAAUUUUUUCAUGAAUUUAUUGUUUGGGCUGAAUCACAAAAUUCAAUGAAUAGACAAAAAUUAUUAGAUAUAUUUACAGCACCAAUGCAAAGAAUGACAAGAUAUGCAUUAUUAACAAAAACAUAUCUUGAAACAAUAAAUGAUAAAGAUGAAUAUGAAUAUACUAAAUCUAUUUAUGAUAAAAUUGAUGAAGCUAAUAGUAUAAUGGAUAUUGAAAUAGCUCAAAAUAUGAUGAGAAAUCAAUUAGAAGAAAUAAUGGCAUCUAUUGAAGGAUAUGAUAUUAUUGAUAAUGAUGAAUUUUUUAGAUUAUAUAAACGUAGUACAAGAAAUGUUCUUAAUUUAAAUCAACCAAUGCCAUAUUUAAUGGGACCACCACGUUUUAGAAGAGUAUUUUAUAAAGGUGAUAUUAAAUUACGUGAAAAUAGAAAUGGUCCAAAAACAGAUGUUUUAUGUUUUGUAAUGACUGAUAUGUUUUUAAUAUGUAGAGUUAUUAAUAAGAAUAAAGAUCGUUUAAGGAUAAUUAAACCACCAAUGCAUAUUACAAAUAUUGUAUUUUAUCCAUGUCAAGAUUAUACUGGUUUUUAUUUAGUUUAUACUAAUGAAUUUGAAGCACUUUCUGGAUUAUAUGUAAUGCAAACAUCAUCACAUGAAGAAACUAGAAGAUGGAUUGAAUUUUUAUCUAUAGCUCAAGAAGAAUUUAGAACAUUAAGAAGACUUAACGAACCAUCAUAUGAAAUGAGUCAGAUGGAUGAUAUGUCAAUUCAACAAGCAUUUCAUAAUAUUCAUCAAUUACCUGAUAAUCAAAAUCCAUAUUCAUGGUAUUCACAUAACAGAAAAAUAUCACAUGGAAUUGGUAAUUAUCAAAUUGAUGGAUAUGUAAUUCAAGAUCAAAAUUAUGUUCAUAGAAAAAGCAAUAGCAUGGAUUCACAAGUUAUUGCAUUAAAUAAUCAAAAUAUAUCAAAUGGAGGAAGUUUAAGAAAUCAUCAUAUUCGAAAUUCAACAACAAUAUUACAUCAAGAUAAAGAAUAUCCUGUUAUUAAUGGAAUAAUAAGAGGACCACGUAAUGGAACUAUUACUAUUCAAAAUACUUCAUCAAUUUCUGAUAGAUCACGUAAAAAGAUAAAUAUAUCUAAUGAUAAUAUUCAACCUGUUUUAAUGGCCCAUUCAAAGUCAAGCAUUGAUAUGAAUAAUCCAAAUAAAAUAACUAAUAAUGAAUCAAAUAAUAGUAUAAAUAUUUCAAAAAUAAGAUCUAGAUCAAAUAGUUCCGGAAAUAUUAAAUCUACAGAUGAACAUAAAUUAUCAAGAAGUCCCAGUCCCAAAGAAAAUGAUAAUAAUAAAGUAAUUAUAAAAGAUUCUUCUAUAGAAGAUAAUGAUAAAUAUGAUAAUGUAGAAAAAAAAAAAGAUGACAAUUUAAUUAUAAAUCAUAACGCUUCAUUUGAUGAAAAGAAUGUUUUAAUGGAAGUAAAUACAGUUAAUGAAACAAUAACAGAAGAAGAUCAAAAUAUUGGGGAUGUUUUUCCAUUACCAUCACAAGGUAAUAAUAAUAAUAAUAAUAGUGGUAUUUUUGGUAGAAGAUUUGAAAGAAGAUACCAUACAGCUGAUCAAAUUGAUAUGAUGAAACCUAAAGGUACAUUUCAAACUAGUAUAUUAAAACGUUUCUCAUUAAAUUUAUCUAAUGCCGUUAGUGGUUCAUCAAAAAAAAUUAGUAAUCGUAUAUAUGAUCAAAAUACCAAAAAACAUAGUCAUAAUUCGACUAUUGCAAGUAGUGAUAGUUUUGGCUCCUCAACAUCCGGUAUCUCAUCAGCUUCUUCUCAUGAUACUAAUGGUAUUAUUGUUGAUAAUCUUGAUUCCUCUGAAACAUAUAGAGGAACUAAAAAAAAUAAUAUUUCAAAUGUAUCAAUAACUGAACAUUCAUAUGAAAAGGGAAAAUUAUUUAAAGGAAGAAAUGAUUCAAAAAUAUUACACAUUCAUUUGGAGGAAGAAAAUUCUAACAAUGAAGAUGUUACACAACAAGAUGUUAUUAAAUCAACAAGUUCAACUCCACCACCUGUUCCACAAGUUUCUCCACCACCAAUAAGUGAAGAAGAAGGAUCUGUUUUUGAGCAAGAACAGGAUAUUAUUAAAUAUAUCUUAGAUAAUAAAUUGGAAACAUCAGAUGUAUAA